UGAGAAGGGAGACAGGGCGUUAACAACGUUCUUGGUCUUGGAAUAGAAACAUACUAUAAAGCAUGUUUGUCCAGGGAUUGACACUUUAAAUUUUAAACUAAAAAAUAGAAAAGUAUAUAUCAAAAGGAAAAAGUAAUUCUUAAUUUUCCAGCGGAUAAUAACUGGAGUGAACUGAAAAUGGCACUACGAAGGAUUACUCAGGAAACAUUUGAUGCUGCAGUGAGAGAAAACGUCGACGAGUUUGAGAUGGAUCCUGCUGAGGCUUUGAGGGAAGCUGUAGAGCAGUUUCAGUCUCAAGGUGUGGACCUCAGUUGUAUCGUUAAAGCUGUACCUACUGAGCCGUCUGAUGACAAACAACAGGAGCAAACACAUAAAAUAUUACAGACUUUGGAGUCCCUCCGUAUCGCAACAGAAUCUGAAGAUGUCUCCAAAACAAAAGCUGCGUCGGAUAUAAAACGUUUCACCGAGGAAUGUUUACUUGGAUUCGCUCAAAGGUACCUAGCGGCCCAGAAAGGCGCUUAUCCCAUCAUCCUCUCCUACUGUCAAAAGAGCAUGGACGAGCAGGAAGCCGUGCUUGCCGCACUGUCCGCCUUGGCUGCUUUGACCGAUGGACAGCCAGACUUGUUGGAUGCGGAGGGCAAGCGCUUCCUCUUAGAUGUUUUCGAAAAGCAUGGUGCGGAUUCUUGCGUAACGCGAGCUGCCAUCUCCACGGUGCGACACUGCUGUCUGAAACAUGAACAGAAUAGACAAGAUCUGGUCAAAGCGGGUGUCUUACCGCUGCUGACCAAUGCCAUUAAACAGCACAGCGAAUGCGCCGACGUGGUUAAGGAAGCCGCCGGCGCUCUCAGGGUCAUGACUUUUGACGACGAUAUCCGUGUUUCAUUUGGGCAAGCUCACGAGCACGCCAAGAUGAUUGUUCUUCAGCACAAUGGUCUCAAGGUCUUGAUUGAGUCUGCAAAAGCGCAUGAUGGCAAUACCUCUGUUUUGAGUGAGCUGUGCGCCACCUUAUCCCGUUUGGCUGUGAGGAACGAGUUCUGCCAAGACAUUUGCGACCUGGGUGGCUUGAAACUCAUGAUGACACUGCUAGCCGACAGUUAUGAGUCAGCGGAGUUGGUGCGGCAAGUCCUGAGCGCAAUACGAGCCGUCGCUGGAAAUGAUGAUGUGAAGGACGCUGUUGUUAAAGCGGGUGGAGUCCAACUCAUUGUAAUCGCCGUAAACAGACACAUGACAGUAUCUCCUGUGUGCGAGCAGGGUUGUGCCUGCCUAGCUGUCCUUGCUUUACGCAAACCCAAGAACUGCAAAGUCAUCAUGGAGGAAGGGGGAGUCUUAGCAGCCGUGCAGUCUAUGAAGGCUCAUUCUGGUGUUGGUAAUGUACAGAAACAGGCUUGCAUGCUGCUACGAAACCUGGUGUCACAUCAGCCCAACUACAGUCAACUGAUUCUGGAGAUGGGUGUUGAGGCCUUGAUAUUGCAAGCGUUAAGGACCCAUCAAGAUUGCGGUGAUGUUGCCAAAGCUGCCCUUAGGGAUUUAGGCUGCAAGGUGGAGUUACGAGAGCUGUGGACCGGCAAAGGUGGCGGCAUCACCAACUGAAGCGGGAGAAGAACAGCAAUGGAAAGGGACGUUAAAGCAAAUACAGUACAGUUAAAACUUAAGGAAUGCUCUAUUUCAAUUUCAUUUGGGUUCAUAGUGCCUCCUUGAAAUUUUAAAAGGUUGCCAAAUGUAAGUUAAUAUGAAAAAAAAGUGAUAUUGUUUUUUUAUGUUUCACUUCUUUUGAUAUUCAUAAAUGUUAUUUAUCUAUGCUAUGCAAGGCAUUUUAAACACUCCUGUAGGCCAGUGUUUUUCAACCGGUGUGCCGUGGCGUGCCGUGAGAGAUCGUCAGGUGUGCCGCGAGAAAGAAAGAGUAGGUAGAAGGUUGCAGUUGUGUGCAGAUUAGGAAGGUAUGGCUCGUGUUGCGUUUAAGAACUCCGAUUUCUAGCCAUCAGCCACCUUGCAAUCCGCGACAAUGUGGCCCCUAGCACGUCUACAGUACAUCAUUUGAUUAGACUUGUCAAAGCGGUGAAAAGCCAGUUUUGUGGCUAAAUCCCAAAAGUCAGAGACAUCAAUACAAGCUGUCUGCAAAGCCAUUGUCAGCGAGAUGCUUGGCUCUUAUCUGGUUAAAGACAUUGCUAAAGUCCCGUUGUCUGAUUAUUCUGAGCUUUUCAAGCCUAACUGCUAUUAAAAAAAAACAAAAAAACAGACAGAGCAAUUGACGAAGAUUCCUGAAGAUUCCGCCAGUUACAGUUGUGGUCAAAAGUUUACAUACUCUUGUGAAGAACAUAAUGUCAUGGCUUUCUUGAGUUUCCAGUUAUUUCUACAACUCUGAUUUUUCUCUGAUAGAGUGAUUGGAACAGAUACUUCUUUGUCACAAAAAACAUCAAGUUUGGUUCUUUUAUGACUUUAUUAUGGGUGAACAGAAAAAAGUGAUCAAAUCUGCUGGGUCAAAAAUAUACAUAUAGCAGCGCUAAUAUUUGGUAACGUCCCUUGGCCAUUUUCACUUGAAUUAGGCGCUUUUGGUAGCCAUCCACAAGCUUCUGGCAAGCUUCUGGUUGAAUCUUUGACCACUCCUCUUGACAGAAUUGGUGCAGUUCAGUUAAAUUUGAUGGCUUUCUGACAUGGACUUGUUUCUUCAGCAUUGUCCACAAGUUCUCAAUGGGGUUUAAGUCAGGACUUUGGGAAGGCCAUUCGAAAACCUUCAUUCUAGCCUGAUUUAGCCAUUCCAUUACCACUUUUGAUGUGUGUUUGGGGUCAUUGUCCUGUUGGAACACCCAACUGCGCCCAAGACCCAAUCUUCGGGCUGAUGACUUUAGGUUAUCUUGAAGAAUUUGAAGGUACCGUAAUCGUCGUCCUUCAUUAUCCCAUUUAUUCUCUGUAAAGCACCAGUUUCAUUGGCAGCAAAACAGCCCCACAGCAUAAUACUACCACCACCGUGCUUGACGGUAGGCAUGGUGUACUUGGGGUUAAAGGCCUCACCUUUUCUCCUCCAAACAUAUUGCUGGGCAUUGUGGCCAAACAGCUCGAUUUUUGUUUCGUCUGACCGCAGAACUUUCCUCCAGAAAGUCUUAUCUUUGUCCAUGUGAUCAGCAGCAAACUUCAGUCGAGCCUUAAGGUGCCGCUUUUGGAGCAAGGGCUUCCUUCUUGCACGGCAGCCUCUCAGUCCAUGUAGAUGCAAAACACGCUUGACUGUGGACACUGACACCUGUGUUCCAGCAGCUUCUAAUUCUUGGCAGAUCUGCUUCUUGGUGAUUCUCGGUUGAAUCUUCACCCUCCUGACCAAUUUUCUCUCAGCAGCAGGUGAUAGCUUGUGUUGUCUUCCUGAUCGUGGCAGUGACAAAACAGUGCCAUGCACUUUAUACUUACAAACAAUUGUUUGCACUGUUGCUCUUGGGACCUGCAGCUGCUUUGAAAUGGCUCCAAGUGACUUUCCUGACUUGUUCAAGUCAAUGAUUCGCUUUUUCAGAUCCAUGCUGAAUGUAUGUGUUGCUGUAUGUAUAUUUUUGACCCAGCAGAUUUGAUCACUUUUUCUGUUAACCCAUAAUAAAGUCAUAAAAGAACCAAACUUCAUGAAUGUUUUUUGUGACAAAGAAGUAUCUGUUCCAAUCACUCUAUCGGAGAAAAAUCAGAGUUGUAGAAAUAACUGGAAACUCAAGAGAGCCAUGAUAUUAUGUUCUUCACAAGUGUAUGUAAACUUUUGACCAAAACUGUAGAUGCAAAUGACAGACACAGUGGCAUUACCAACAUAGCUAAAGAACUAGAUGCGUUAGUAAACAGCCGCCAUCUUAAAGCAGUAGACCUCUUGGGAAAGCUCUGUUGUAGAGAACCUUCCAAGCGAACCUAAGUAGCCUUUUAUCGUAAAUGCUCCUAAAUCGGCAAAAUCUUGACUUAAAUCUGUUUUUAAAUGAUGAAACAGUUUUAAAAUUUACACAUGUCGAAAGUAGACAGAAGGGAACUAAUGCAAUAACGGGAGCAAUUUUAACAACUUUAACGGUUGAUUCAGAACAUUAAUUUUAAUUUUAAUGAUUUUGCCACCACCAAACUUCACUGUUUUCUGAGUGAAUCUCGGAUCCAUGCGGGCACCAGUAGGUCUCCUGCAAUAUUUGCGGCGACUGUGGAGUAAUUCAAUGGAAUAUUCAUCUAAAAAUCCACCUCUUGCCACUUUUCCAGCGUCCAUCCUUUUGACAGGCUGUGGGCCUUGGCAAAUGCCACAGGUUUUUUUUUAAUUGUCUUUUGUUUAAUGCUGGUUUCUGGGCACUGAUUCGACCAUGGAGGCCAUUUUUAGACAGAAUUCGACAGACAUCAUGGUCAAGAUCAUGGUCUGGGGUUACAUCCAGUAUGGGGGUGUGCGAGAAAUCUGCAGGGUGGAAGGCAACAUAAAUAUUCUGAAAUAUCAACAAAUCUUAGCUGCCUCUUACAUUCCUAACCAUAAAAAGGGACAAAUUCUGGAGCAGGAUGGUGCGCCAUCGCAUACUUCAAUUUCUACCUCAAAGUUCCUCAAGGCAAAGAAGAUCAAGAUCCUCCAGGACUGGCCAGCCCAGUCACCACACAUGAACACCAUUGAGCAUGUCUGGGGUAGGAUGAGAGAGGAAGCAUGGAAGACGAAACCCAAGAAUGUUGAUGAACUCUGGGAGGCAUGCAAGACUGCUUUCUUUGAUGUUCCUGAUGACUUCAUCAAUAAAUUGUAUGAAUCCUUGCCGAAGCCCAUGGAAGUCAUACAAAAUAUUAAAUUUGGAUCUCACAGUGCCACUACUUCAUUCGCUUAUCUUAUGUAACGUUUUUGUAUUUGAAGUACAGUUUUUGUUCAAUUUUCACACUACUUUCUGUAAGCGACAAAACUUUUGUCUUGCCAAAAUUUGACCUUUUAUGUCUUCAUUAAAUGAUUAAUUUUUUUUCAGUGAAGCAAAUAUAUUUUUGUACAUUUAACAUCAUUUGGGAGGGUCUUAGCUUUCAUAUGAACCAUUUCUGAAACCAAUUGAAUCAUUAAAAGUCAGGUUAUUAGCAAUUGUUUCUACAAAAUGGAUAAGCGACAAGACUUUUGUCAGGGACUGUAUAGUACAGUAUAAUAACAGUUCAUAUCGAUGAAGUUGUGCAGAGAAAAAUAUGCCUUGAUUUAAAAAAAAAACGGACAUUGUAAGCAGUUACAAUGUUACUAAUUACUUGAGUGGGGGGGGCGUAUAAACUAAUCGCACCUGGGCUCUGUUCACAUUUGUUCCGCCACUGCUGCGUAAGUAGAUGUUGAGUACAUUUGAACUGGGAGUGGCAUUUGCUACUUGUCGUAAGUGCAUAAUUUAUGGCCCAAUUAAGUUACAAGGAAAGUUUAAAGCAUUAUAUUACCACAGCACACUGGUUGGAAAUUACUAGCUGACAAUUAUUGUACUUAUUACUCGUUUGAUAAAACGCUGUACUGUCAGUCCUCUGGAACUGUGACCAAGUGAAUAAACUGAACUGAAAUGUUGGAAAGUCCUAAUUUUUUCUCUAAACACAUUUCACAUUUACAUUG